AUGGCACCUCCUGUGCCUUCAAACGCCAAGCCAGUCGCUGCCAUCGUUGGAUUCGACUGGUCUCCCUCUGUCACCGAAGCUGCGAAAUACCCAACUCCCAAGCUCACCGUCCGGCGCUUGUCGGAGUGGAUUGUCUUGGUCACCAAAGAUGUCCAAGGCAACACCUGGGCUCUACUAAGGGCUCCAGGAGACGCAGAUCCCCCAUUCGAAGGUUACGUACCUGCCGCCAUCAUCAAAAUCGGGGCCAGUGUCAAAGAUGGACCACUGCCCCUGAGCAUGCCUGCUCCUAUGCCCCCAACGCUGUUCCCCGAGCCGAUUCCCAAUGAUCGAGUGGCAACGCGAACCAUCAAGCUUCUUUGGAAGAGCAUUACCAUGAAUCGUGAUACCAUAAUGUCUCGUGGCCAUGGUACACGCACUCAAGAGCGAGCCCUGUUUGGAUCUCAGGUUCAUCGGUACGCCGAAACUAUCAUGAACGCCAUUCCACGUCGGGCUUUAGACGCCAUAGAGACGGGCCGUUUUGACCCCAAAGACCUUUGCAAUCUCUUGUCCCCUGUUUCCCCCACGGCGCACCCCCCUGAGACUACCUUUGGUGUAUACAUCGUCAUCGCCAAGUCUGUGUCCGGCAAUUACUCCAACCUAGUCAGCCCUCCCAGCAAAGAUGCCAUCUACAUUGGUCAGUCGGUCAACUUCAAUCGCCGGUGGCUUGAACAUCUAAAGAAUGUUCGCGAGGCCAACAGUCGGUCGGCCAUCUCCUACCAGGUGAUGAGCAAGGCCUCGAGCUUCAUGAUGUAUCCCCUUGUGGUAUUCAACACCAAAAAUAUCCCUCAGGUCCAUGGGCUCGAUAACGCACUGUUGAUGAACACUGCCGAGUUUACCAUGCUUUUUAUGUUUCAAUCGCUCUGGCCUAGACUGGUCGAUGGUACUGAGAUCACGGCGCGGAAUGCGGUGGCAGCCGGCGACCAAGAAACUGCCCAGAAGAUCACUGCACUGGCCAAGGCGGUCUUUGACGCAAGUGGCUGGCGCCCGCGCCGCUCGAUUGGCAUGAACUGGGAUAUCCCACUUCUCAGCAGACUCCCCAAGGAGUACGAGUGGCUUGGUUGGGAAGACACUGAUCGGAUGUCCACUAUCUACCGCUUGCGAUGCAAGGUGUUCGUCACUGCUGCGGGUUCUCGUGGCACCGAGGCUGCCAUCUAUUUCAAGCAUGAUGAUAGCCUAAACAUUUCGAAGGCGCUUCGUGAGGAAGCGGGUUUCCAGGACCGCGAUAUAUGUGUUCUGCAGGUCGAGAUCUUCAAGAAUGCUGAUGGCACUUGCCGCAAGCAUGACCACCAGUUCGCUCGGGUUCCUGUCCCUUGCUUCAACCAAGAGGUUGAUAAGCUUGCUUCCAUGACCACACAAAUUCAAUGGGUCGACAAAGCCUCCGGCUCAUGGAAGUCAGCGCUUCUCCAAGUGUUUGAUUCUCGUCGCCGGUCCCAGACCCACCCCAACAUGUACUCUGGUACCAUCACUGCCAUGAAUCUUUUUAAUUCGGUGACUCAGACUGUCUACCAGAAUGGUCCGUCGUGGAUGCCGUCAAUCGACCGAGCUGUGGUUCGCAUGGUUGAGGUGAAGCAUUUAGAGCAGAAAGCUGUGCUGACCGACCCUAUUACCCGAAAGGCUAUACAGUGGCCACCAAACCGAACAAAAGCUGAAGUCGGUAGCAUUAUCCAGGCAAAGGUUAAUCAGCUACCGCCCUCCUGGCAAAGUUCUAUUGCCGUGGAGCGCAAGCCUGCGGGCAGUCGAAAGUUUUGCGACCUCAACCAUUCUCUGGCCGAUACCGUUGCCAGCCAUUGGAAUGAAGCUACCCGGAGUUGCGCUGUCUGCGAGGGUUGGGGCCGGCCGUGCACCUGGACGGACUACAACCGCAGUAUCAUGGGCGGCAAUUCCAUCGCUGAUCAUCUCAAGAGUGACGGUCGACUGAACUUUCUUGGUUGGCCGACAAACAUACAGGCAAUGGCGGACAAGACCUCUCAAGCUCGCAACCGUCGGGUCCUGAUCAAAACAAUGCCCGCCGGAAGUGAGCCGUUCUCUGCUGCUCUUGCUCGCCAGCUGGACCUCGGCGUCACUGAACCUACAAUCAGCAGCUACUAG